AUGGGAGAGAAAGCAGAAGAAGGGAGCAGGACCUGGGUCAAGUUGACAGGAAGAUUCGGGAAAAAACUCAGGCAGCAAGACCCAAAAACAGAGGAGGCGGAUUCAGACCGUAGCGACUCGCCGGAGGAAGCCGGCAGGAGGUUGUCGGUCCGGGAGGAGGAACUUUUGAGUCGGGUCCAGCCCGACCAGGAAGGCGAGGACCUGCUUUGCCGAGAUCUGGAGCUCCUCAAGCUGCAGAUCCUGACGACGGUCCGUCGGAGCUUCGCCGGCGAUCCGGACGCCGACCUGGCGAGCGCCGUGGCCGUCUUGCGGCAGCAGGAGACCCUGGACCGGCACCGGGAGGGCGGCGGCUGCCGGUGGAGGCCCCUCAAAUGUCUGGGCGCUCACAACGCGCUGCUCGCCGACGUGGCCGAGUUCAGGCUAGCGGAGGCUGCACGAGACGCCGACCGAGACGGAGCCGGAGGCCUCUCCACACCCCUCAAGAGACAGGUAUGCGGGGCGGGCAAGCGCGUGAAGGAGGACCUGCUGAGGUGUGCGCGUACGCUGCAGCCCUGUUACGACCCCGACUUGGACGUGCUCAACAUCUACGCCGGUUUGUGUCAUCAAUCGUUCGCGGCCCGAUUGAGCGACGCCGUCCAAGCCGGCCCGGACGUCGACGAAUGCGCCUACCUGCUCUUUUGGGUCAACACGUUCUACCCGCGGGAAAUCCUGAAACAUGAGGAGCUGCGUGGCAAGUUGAAGAGCGACUGUCUGGGCGCUCUGCUCCCAAGGGAGCAGGUGCGGCAGCUAGAGGAACGGGUCGCCAAAAACAAGGAGGAGCGCCUCUGUUCGUGGCUGCAUAAAGUCCUGCAGCGGGAAGAGGAAAACUGGAGCGGCGGUAAAAUGCCGGAAGUCAUCGACGACUUCUUCUUCUGUCCGCUAGCUGUCGACGUCAUUCAGGUGAUCGACGGAUCCCUCGCCGACUCCGACUACUUCAGCGGUGGCGACAGAACUGAUUCUCGCUGGAUUGCAGCUCACCUGGAGAACUUCCUCCUCAGUUACAAGAAGAGCCUGGAAAAGUUGUCGCAGGGAAAUGACGAGCACGCGACCACAUGGAUGAAAGCUCACUUGGCUUGCCAGGAACAACUCAGAGAUUAUGUUGGAAGGCGAGCAGAAGAUCAACCGGGAAGUCAAGAGAGUGGUCGCUGUGAAGCCAUUUUGGAUGAGCUACGGGACUUUGUUUCGGUCGCGUUCACCCGUCCCAUCCACGAACACCUCAAGGUGUAUUACAGGCAACUGUGGACGCCAGGGUGGUGCGACGGCUCGCUUCCCGUCAUGGACUCUCUGCUGGAGGUUUUGUUUCACGUCUUGGACCAGCAGCUGACUCACCUCAAAGCUUCCUGCAAACAGAGCUUAACGCGGACGUUCCGGCGGGAGUUGGAGGUGGAGUACGCCAGGAGGAUGACAAAAAGCCGGCUGAAGGGCGAGCAGGAUUGGGCGGCCGCCGCCCGUCGGAUGUUGGACGACGCUCGCAAGAUGGACGACUUCUUCCGCGUGGCGGGCUGCGAUGAAAGUCGAUGCUUCGGUCAGAUGCCGGUCAACGUCGAAGCGCCUCAUCUGGGAAGCAUUCGAAAGGACAUGCUGGCCUUCGCCAGAAAAUUCCUGGACUUCAGAUCGGAAGCCUCAUCAGUUCAACUGUCUGUGCUGGAUCGGCGGGAACAAAAACCAGGACCCAGAGCAGGCCCUGAGGACUCGGUUGGACACCCCUGCUCUGGACCAUCCACGCCCCCAUUAACCGGACUUCAGGGAAGGGAUGAGGGGACACGCCAACACCCGCCCACUCGGCCCACCACCCGCCAACGCAACCCCCGAAUGACACUGGACACCGUGGGGCCCACAAGGACACCCCGCCAACCCACGGCACUCAGUCAGCAACCCGCACCAGGGCCCAAGGAGGAUACCCAAGUAGAAAAGAGUGGGGAAGGACACCCAACCCCCCCGACCCCCUCGCAACUACCAGCCCAGGCAAAUAUGAGGCCACGCCCUGGGAGCCACACCAUAUAG